CACCUCAUUGACCAUGGCAGCCACCCCGCCGCGCCGCCAACCGGCCGCGGGACCCAGCACGCCCGCCGUGCGCUCACCAGCACCGCCGCCGCCGGCUAUCUCAAAUGGCACCCAAGACCUGUGGACCGAUAUUUUGCGCAGCGCGGACCGCGCAAAGGCCCUGCCGCGCAAGAACAUUGUGCUCCUCAGCGAGCGGCAUCGCGGCCGCGCCCAUCUCCUGGACAAGGUCGUCGGCAAGCGGCGCGCACGCCAACCCCUCGCGAUUGGAUAUGACCUGCUCAUGAGUGAUGACCGGGACGAUGACACGCCGCCCGUGAGCGUUGUAUACCCUCCAUCCUCGCAUCCCAGUCUCCUGCGGCUUGUGGAAACAACCCUGCCUCCCCAUCCCCUCCCUAACACGGCCGUCGUCAUCGUCCUGGACUGGAGCAAACCCAGCACCAUGGUCCGCGAGCUCCUUGCCUGGCUAGGCUGGGUGGACGCGUGGGCUGCGCGUGCCGCGCAAGCAGAUCCCUCUUCUGAAGUUGACGAGAUGCAUGAGCGGCUGGAAUCACAUUUGCAACACUACACGGAGCCGGCGGCCGCGUCCGUCCCGCUGACCAACUACGGCGCGGUCCUUCCCCUCGGGCAGGGGAGUUUAACGCGGAACCCAGCGGGCGUGCCGAUCUUGGUCGUGUGCACGCGCGCGGACCUGAUGGAUGCAGUCGGCGACGAGAUGGGCAUGAAGGGCGGCGGAUGGGAGGAGCGCACCGACUGGAUCCAGCAGGUCUUGCGCACCGUAUGUCUAGCGUACGGCGCCGCGCUAUUCUACACGGCGCCGACGCAGCCACACACGUACGCCUUUCUGCGCGAAUAUCUCUUUCACCGGCUGUACACCGUGCCGCCGCCGCUCGGGGCAGAGGGCGCGCCGGCGCCCCAGCGCUUCCCGUUCCCACACCGCGCGAACGUGCUGGACCGGGACGCGGUCAUGGUCCCGGCCGGCUGGGACUCGUGGGGCAAGAUCACGAUUCUGCGGGAGCCAUUUGACGCGGCGCGGGUCGCGCGCGCGUGGGACGCGAGCGCGGCGCGGCGCGACGACGACGAGGGCAUCGAGGACCUGUGGGCGGCCAUGAUCCCGGACACGGAGCGGCCGGCGGCCGCGCACCCCGUCGCGGUGGCCGUGACGAGCGAGGCGGAGCAGGCGUUCCUCGCGCGCCAGCUCGACGGGCUCGUCAAGAGCGAUGCGAAGGGCGUGUUCCGCCGCGCGGCGGAGGCCGUCGACGAGCGCUACGGCGUCGUCGGGCCCAUGGGGACCGGCGGGCUGUCGCUGCCAGGCGUGGAGCGGGCGAUGGCGGAGAUGGAGAGCGCGGCCGAGGAUGUGGGAAGGCAUGCGCGCAAGGACUCGAAGGCGGCGCCUGCGUCGCCAGACAGAUCGACGGUGCAAAAUGAGGCCCUGCACAAUUUCUUCCAGGGCCUGCUCGCGAAGAAGCAGGGCACGGCGUCGGCGACGCCGACGCCCACAAAGGCCGCGCCAAAGGCCGCAAAGUAGACACACGAUCAUUACACCGCAUUGUGCAUGUUGGUAGGCCCUGGCCGGGCGCAAGGCCCGGCGGGACGGCAAGUGUAGAGGCAGUAGAGUGCAUAUCAUGCUAAUGAAUUUAUGGCGCAAUGUAGUACAGCGGAGAUUUGCAUAUGUGC